GCGAAUUGCGGAAAAAGUGCGAUCAAUAGAAUGAAAAUGAGCCAGCUCGGAACUGUUUAUGCGACCAAACGUCGGCGUCGGAAUGGUAAAAGCAUCAAGACAACUCCGAAAGAAGGAAUCACCAAGAGCAAUCCCUCCAAGCGGCACAGAGAACGACUGAACGCAGAAUUGGACUUGUUGGCUUCUUUGUUGCCAUUCGAGCAAAACAUUCUAAGCAAAUUGGACCGUUUAAGCAUAUUGCGGCUGUCUGUCAGCUAUCUAAGAAUAAAAAGUUACUUCCAAGUUGUUAUGCACAAGGAAAAAAGCGAAAAUGGGAUGCUGCCACACGCAGUUUCCGAAGAUAACUAUCGUGCACGAGAUUUUACUUCUUAUGAUCACAGUUUCGUCGUAGACAGUGACAUGUUUUUACAGGCAUUGAAUGGUUUCAUAAUGAUAUUGACAUGCGAGGGAGAAGUUUUUUUUGCGACACACACGAUAGAGAGCUACUUGGGAUUUCAUCAGUCCGACAUUAUUCAUCAAUCGGUGUACGAACUAGUGCAUUCGGAAGAUCGAGAAGAGCUGCAGAAACAACUGCUUUGGAAUUCCUUUUUACCAGCGGAUCUAUCUGGUAUUCAGCUAAGUGAAGCUCUCGUACCCGAGAAAGACAAGCUGCUAGAGCGUAGCUUUACCGUGAGAUUUCGUUGUUUGCUCGAUAACACAUCAGGGUUUCUGCGAUUGGACAUCCGUGGUAGGGUUAAAAUCCUUCAUGGUCAGAACAAGAAAAACGAAGAACCACCGCUUGCCUUGUUCGCUUUCUGUACUCCGUUCGGUCCUCCCAGCUUGUUGGAAAUUCCGCCGAAAGAGAACAUGUUCAAGUCGAAACAUAAGCUCGACUUUUCGUUGGUUUCGAUGGAUCAUAAAGGAAAAAACACCCUGGGUUACUCCGACUCCGAGCUGGCCAAUAUGGGAGGGUAUGAUCUUGUGCACUAUGAUGAUUUGGCAUACGUGGCUAGCGCGCACCAGGAACUGUUGAAGACCGGUGCAUCCGGAAUGAUUGCUUAUCGUUAUCAGAAGAAGGACGGGGCUUGGCAGUGGUUGCAAACUAGCUCAAGGCUCGUGUACAAAAAUUCGAAACCAGACUUUGUCAUCUGCACACAUCGGCAGCUGAUGGAGGAAGAAGGGCGGGAUCUACUAGGAAAACGCACCAUGGACUUUAAAGUUAGUUACCUUGAUGCCGGCAUUUCAUCGACUUAUUUUGAGCCCGACCAGCUGAUCAUCAGUUCGAACAAUGCCAGCUCGCCGGGCUCUCCGACGACGUCCCAACAGCGUGCCAACCGACGGUACAAAACACAGUUGAGGGACUUUCUUUCAACAUGUCGCCACAAACGUAAACUGCCCAGUCAGUGCACCGAACAACAGGUGCAACCAAGUGUUUCGGUGGUCGAUUACAUACCCGGUGGGGCACCGGGAACGGCAGCAGCUGCUGCAGUCGUUGCAGCAGCUGCCUAUUCCAACUCUAUCAAUAGUGUGUACUCCCCGGCGACGCAUUUUGCUGGUGGCGGACCGGAUAAUGUCUACAUGGCAGGCCCAGUGCAUUCACCGAACUUUUAUCCGAUGCCCGAUAAUCUUUUUCACCAGUAUCGGCUGCAAGGUGUAAGUGGCUACUAUCCAGAGUAUCAUACCAACACUAGUGCAUCAACGUUUGUUCCUACUAACGGGCUUAUUCCGUACGACAGUUAUGGAAUCACUAAAGAGGACACCAUGCGGUGGCAUGAGGGAACGAAGAGCUAUGGUACUGGCAGCGAAUCGAUUGUCUCGGUUGCCGGUGCCGAGACGGGCCAACAAGAGCUUGCUAACGCGGUCCCAGAACCAUUCCUUGUUGGUGGUUUUGCUGCCAAUUCCAGUUCUCCUCAUGCCUCCAAGGCCUCAUGCCAUGCACAUCAGGGCAAAAAUGCUUCUCCUGCGCAUUCAUCGGAGGAACUGGUCGAUCCAUGCUGUUCUUCAGAAAGUGCAACACAGGCCGCCGCCGCUGCCGCCGCUACAACAGCUACCCUACACGUUACCAAAGAAUCGAUCACACACCACGUCCCCCACCAGCAUAGCUACACGCAGCAACAGCAUCAGCAAUCUCCCCAUGAUCACCACCAGCAACAGCAUCAUCAUCAUCAUCAUCAUCAGCAGUUACAACAUUUCGCCAAUCAACAUCUGGACAACACUGGUGAUCGGCACGAGACAUCGGAAGAAAUUAAACUGUCUACCAAGUCUCCAACGGCCUCCUCGCCGACACGUUGUGAGCCGCAACGCCAGACAGUUCUCAUGUGGGGUACGUCGAACAGUAGAGAGUCGAUUAUCACAAACAACAGCCACUGUAACAUUAACAGUGGUCCGAACAGUGAAGAUCCGUCCUAUGACUAUAUGGAUACCUCGGGUAACUUUAACCUCGUUAACCUACCAAAAUCGGUGACUAGCUCGUCUAUCAACAACGCGGCUAAUGCCACGACAACCGAUGUUGUGGCUGCUACUGACGAGACCCGCUCAGACCCUUCUUCUAACCAAACGCCGAACCAGUCAAACAGCGUUGCUUGUGAUCAUGACAUCAUAGUCUUGACCGAUGCAACGGAUAACGCCAAAUCGCGCUCGAUUAUUGCAAAUACGCGUAAAUCCCCGCAACCCUCCACUGGGGAAGUAGCUGGUAACCAUUCGACAUCCUUCGCUAACCAUCACACUAACACACCACCGCUGAAUCUGCUUGUGGAAAGCGCUCCAGCUGAUAAGGAGGGCGCGAAACUAACUGAUUCCGAUGUUAAAUGGUACUGUACAGGCGAGCAUAACCACAUGAUAUCUAACACGUAAACUAAUCAAUCAUUUGUCCGUAACUUGCAACUUAUUCGGCAUAAUCCAGUGCUACGAUACGGAAGCGCGAUGUAUACUAAGUUCUUUAUCAUAGUUGACGCUUUACCUAAUAACUUGUUUUUCCAAUGGUAAAAGCUGUCGGAUACACACACUCUCCCAUUCAUACAUGAUCUAUGUAAGACUUCUCCAACUGAUUGUUCCUGUUCUGUUAUGGUUCUCCGUUUUGUUCUAGGUGAAUCUAGCUCUAAACGAAAUAGUCAACGAGGUUCCUUCGAGUUUCCCAAGCGCGAUAGAGCCAAACUGCAUGCUAAGUCAUGCCAACAGUCGUACUCUGAAUCGCGACGUUCCAAAGGUCUACUAAGAGAAACUUUCUAGGUGCACAUCACAAGAUCAGAUAAUAAAUGAACGAUUCCUUAGGGCGCCGAAUGCACGCAGUCGUUCCAACAACCCUAAACAGCAGCAGGGAGUUAGUAAGAAAUAGUACUAGCUACUUUGCCCUACAUAAUAGU